AAAAGUCAAUCGGCCAGGGUGAUUACAGUGUCAUCAACCGCAUACAUGGCAGGCAAAAUUGACCUCGAUAACGUAAACCUCCAUAACGGUUCGUACGCCCCGUUCAAGGCGUACGCCCAAUGUAAACUGGCCAACAUAUUAUUCAGCCGUGAGUUGGCCCGUAGACUGGGCACUAAGUCAACGGUGCGCACCUAUAGUCUACAUCCGGGACCAGUUUAUACGGAAAUAUUCCGCCAUUCAGACAUGGGAUCUAUUGGUGAUAAAUUGGCCAAGAAACUUUUUCUAACCCCAGAUAAGGGCGCCUACACCACUGUUUAUUGCGCUCUGGAGCCCAGUUUGGAUAAUGAGACAGGAAACUGCCGUCGAGUCGAUCGCAUGAUAUCGACGGCAACGGACGAUAAGACCGCUGAAAGGCUGUGGGAAUUGAGCAGUGAAUUGGUUAACAUUGACGAUAACAUGAGACUACCGCCUAUUAAAACGGCCGCCUGGCAGGACACCAGCUAA